UAGGUAUGUAAACAUAUUUUCCUUGGCAGUGCAUAUAUUAAAAUUGGAAGAUGUCGAAAGUAAUGAGAAAAGUGAAAAAAAUGGGGAAGAUGGGCAAGAAGCUGGUCGAGAAAAUCGAUCACUCGUCAAAACUGCGCGUGAAUAUUCCUGCGGGAUUAGCAUCAGCCGCGCCGCCACUUGGUUCCCAGCUCGGUCAGAGGAACAUCAACAUCGAGAAGUUUUGCAAGGAUUUCAACAAGAGGACAAGUGAUAUCAAAGAAGGCAUUCCUCUACCAUGUCGCGUGAAAGUAAAGUCAGACAGAUCAUAUAAUCUAGUGAUCCAUAAUCCGCCGGCAACAUACUACUUGAAACAGGCUGCUGGGAUACAAAAAGGAAAAAUCAAGAAGGGUGAAGUAGCUGGCAAGAUAACUUUUAAACAUUUAUACGAGAUCGCCAAGAUUAAGCUAGAGGAUCCACCCAACGCAUUGCUGAAUUUAGAACAAAUGUGUCAAAUGAUAGUCGGCAUCGCUCGCACAUGUGGUAUCGAGAUCGUGCGCGAAAUAGAUCCAGAAGAAUACAAGCAGUUUCUGAAGGAUAGAGAAGCAGUAGUUGUGGAUUUUCGUGAGAAGCUUCAAUUAGCCAAAGAAAGUAAACUUCUCAGAACAAACUAAUUUGUAACUAGAAUAUCUAAACCUUUGUUUCUAUUGUAAUUAUAUAUGUAUAUAAUA